AUCAGUGCUUGUCUGUGUGUCCAAAGGGAGGAAGAAAGAAAAGAGGGAGGGGAGAGAAACAGCCCGGCUCACUGUGCUGGGAGCUGCCACCUCAACAUGGUGUAAAUCCCUUCCCUGCAGCAGCCAGCCGAUAGGAGAAAGGUGGGGGGGGAGCGUGAGACAAGAACGAAAGGAGACCGGCAGCGCCCGCACCCCGGCACUACACCUCCCUCCCGUACCCAAUGACGAGUUGGAAGCUUCCAAGAAGAGAUUGACUCGCCCUGUUGUGUCUGGGUCCGGGGGGGGAUACAUUCGGGGGCUGCCGCUGCUGACAUAUUCACUGGGUGGUGGCGACCAUGGCCAACGAUUCGCCUGCCAAAAGUCUUGUGGAUAUAGACCUGUCCUCCCUGAGGGACCCAGCUGGCAUCUUUGAAUUAGUGGAAGUGGUAGGAAAUGGCACCUACGGACAAGUAUAUAAGGGCCGACAUGUCAAAACAGGCCAACUUGCAGCCAUCAAAGUCAUGGAUGUUACUGAGGAUGAAGAGGAAGAAAUCAAACUGGAAAUCAAUAUGCUAAAGAAGUAUUCUCACCACAGAAAUAUAGCUACUUAUUAUGGUGCUUUCAUUAAAAAAAGUCCUCCAGGCCAUGAUGACCAGCUUUGGUUGGUAAUGGAGUUCUGUGGUGCUGGUUCAAUCACUGACCUGGUGAAGAAUACAAAGGGGAAUAGUUUGAAAGAAGACUGGAUUGCCUAUAUCUCUCGUGAGAUACUUAGGGGAUUGGCCCACCUCCAUGCUCAUCACGUGAUUCAUCGGGAUAUCAAAGGACAGAAUGUGCUGCUAACAGAGAAUGCUGAAGUGAAAUUAGUGGAUUUUGGAGUUAGUGCACAGCUGGACAGGACAGUGGGCCGAAGGAACACAUUUAUUGGCACACCAUACUGGAUGGCUCCAGAGGUUAUUGCCUGUGAUGAGAACCCAGAUGCUACCUAUGACUACAGAAGUGACCUUUGGUCAUGUGGUAUUACAGCAAUUGAAAUGGCAGAAGGUGCUCCACCUCUGUGCGAUAUGCAUCCAAUGCGAGCCCUGUUCCUUAUUCCAAGAAAUCCUCCACCUCGGCUAAAAUCCAAGAAAUGGUCAAAGAAGUUCUUUAACUUUAUAGAAGGCUGCCUUGUGAAAAAUUACACGCAGCGUCCCCCAACAGAACAACUCUUAAAGCAUCCAUUUAUAAGAGAUCAGCCAAAUGAAAGGCAAGUCAGAAUCCAGCUGAAAGAUCACAUAGACAGAACAAGGAAGAAGAGAGGAGAGAAAGAUGAAACGGAGUAUGAAUAUAGUGGAAGUGAAGAGGAGGAAGAGGAAGUGCCUGAACAGGAAGGAGAACCAAGUUCCAUUGUUAAUGUGCCUGGGGAAUCGACACUCCGACGUGAUUUCCUGAGACUGCAGCAGGAGAACAAGGAGCGCUCUGAGGCCUUGCGAAGGCAACAGCUGCUGCAGGAGCAACAGCUCAGAGAACAGGAGGAAUACAAACGACAGCUCCUGGCAGAGAGACAGAAGCGCAUAGAACAGCAGAAAGAGCAAAGAAGGAGACUUGAAGAGCAACAAAGAAGAGAACGUGAGGCCCGUCGGCAGCAGGAACGAGAACAAAGAAGGCGAGAGCAAGAGGAAAAGAAGAGAAUGGAGGAGAUGGAAAGAAGACGUAAGGAAGAGGAAGAAAGGAGAAGAGCAGAGGAAGAGAAAAGAAGAGUGGAAAGAGAGCAGGAGUAUAUCCGAAGACAGCUGGAGGAGGAGCAGCGCCACUUAGAAAUCCUUCAGCAGCAGCUGCUUCAGGAGCAGGCCAUGUUACUGGAGUAUAGAUGGCGUGAGAUGGAAGAGCACCGUCAAGCAGAAAGACUUCAGCGUCAGCUUCAGCAAGAACAGGCCUAUCUUAUGUCACUACAGCAUGACCAUAGACCGCAGCAGCCACCACAGCAGCCCCAGCCCCAGCAGCCUGCACUGUCCCAGCAAGAAAGAAGCAAACAAAGUUAUCAUAUCCAAGAACCGAAGCCUCAUCAUGAACAAGCAGAAAGAAUAAGAGAGGCAGAAGAGCGCCUUCGGAAAGCAAACCAAGGCUCCCCUGAAGCCCAGGCUAAGCAACCAGGUAGAGUGUUAGAGCCAUCAGUGCCUUCAAGAUCUGAAUCAUUUUCCAAUGGAAAUUCUGAGCCUGCUCAGCCAGCCAUGCACAGACCAGUGGAACCACAGGUACAGUGGUCUCAUCUGGCAUCCCUCAAGAACAAUGUAUCCCCUGUCUCGCGAUCCCAUUCCUUCAGUGACCCUUCUCCCAAAUUUGCACCUCACCUUCUACGAUCUCAGGAUUCCCACCAAACUUCACGCAGUGAAGUGCAAAGUCAGAGUUCUGACCCUAAGUCUGAAACCUCUGAGCCAGCCCAAAGGGUUUGGACUCGAUCAGACAGUGAGGAGGUGCCUCCAAGGGUGCCGGUGAGGACAACAUCAAGAUCCCCAGUAUUGUCACGGAGAGAUUCACCACUGCAGGGCAGUGGGCAGCAAAAUACCCAGACUGGUCAGAGAAAUUCCACAAGCAAUAUUGAGCCUAGGCUGCUUUGGGAAAGGGUAGAGAAGCUUGUGCCCCGACCUGGUAGUGGCAGCUCUUCAGGAUCAAGUAACUCUGGAUCCCAAGCAGGGUCCCACCCAGGAUCUCAGAGUGGAUCUGGAGAGCGCUUCCGUAUGAGAUCAUCUUCAAAAUCUGAGGGCUCACCAUCCCAACGACAUGAAAAUACAGCCAAAAAGUCUGAUGAGAAGAAAGAAGGAGUUAGACAGGCAAAAGCUCCUGGGGAAGUGGAUCUUACUGCACUCGCUAAGGAGCUUCGAGCAGUAGAAGAUGUUCGACCACUGCACAAAGUUACCGACUAUUCUUCAUCCAGCGAAGAGUCUGGUACUACAGAUGAGGAGGAUGAUGACAUGGAACAGGAAGGGGCAGAUGAAUCGACUUCAGGCCCAGAGGAUGCCAGAGCUAUCAAUGGAGAAACAGAGUCUGUGAAAACAAUGAUCGUCCAUGAUGAUGCUGAGAGUGAACCCGCCAUGACCCCAUCUAAAGAAGGCACUUUAAUCGUCCGUCAGAGUACAGUUGACAAAAAGCGUGCCAUCCAACUUGAGAGCAAUGGCUUUGCCAGUCGUAUUCACCUCUUGCCAGAUCUCUUACAGCAAAGCCAUUCCUCCUCCACCACUUCUUCCCCAACCUCAAGUCAACCGACACCCACCAUGUCCCCCCAGACACCCCAGGACAAGCUAACUGCUAAUGAGACUCAGUCAGCUGGUAAUACCCUUCAGAAACACAAAUCUUCCUCCUCAUUCACACCGUUCAUAGAUCCAAGGUUACUUCAGAUUUCUCCUUCUAGUGGGACAACUGUCACGUCAGUAGGUACAUACAUGCGCACACUGGAAUCUAACCUUAAAAAUACUAAUUUUAUUUUAGUGGGAUUUUCCAGUGAAGCGCUAAGGUCGGAAGCCAUGAGGCAAGAUCCUACAAGAAAAGGAUCAGUUGUUAAUGUUAAUCCCACAAAUACUCGGCCACAAAGUGAUACACCGGAGAUUCGCAAAUACAAGAAAAGAUUUAAUUCUGAGAUUUUGUGUGCUGCAUUGUGGGGUGUAAAUUUGCUGGUGGGAACUGAAAGUGGCUUAAUGUUAUUGGAUAGAAGUGGCCAAGGGAAAGUGUACCCUCUCAUUAACAGAAGGCGAUUUCAACAGAUGGAUGUGCUUGAAGGCUUAAAUGUCUUGGUUACUAUAUCAGGGAAAAAGAACAAGCUGCGAGUAUAUUACUUAUCCUGGCUGAGGAAUAAAAUUUUGCGCAAUGACCCUGAAGUAGAGAAGAAGCAAGGAUGGACAACUGUUGGGGAUUUGGAAGGAUGUGUGCACUAUAAAGUUGUAAAAUACGAGCGGAUCAAGUUUUUGGUAAUUGCUUUAAAAAGUUCAGUGGAAGUCUAUGCCUGGGCACCGAAACCAUACCACAAGUUUAUGGCCUUUAAGUCGUUUGGAGACUUGGUGCACAGACCUCUCCUUGUAGACCUGACUGUAGAAGAAGGACAGAGGCUGAAAGUGAUCUAUGGUUCCUGCGCUGGCUUUCAUGCUGUAGAUGUGGACUCAGGCGCUGUCUAUGAUAUUUACUUGCCAACCCAUAUUCAGAGCAGCAUUCAGCCACACGCAAUCAUCAUUCUCCCAAAUACUGAUGGUAUGGAACUGCUGGUUUGCUAUGAAGAUGAAGGAGUUUAUGUUAAUACAUAUGGCAGGAUCACCAAAGAUGUAGUUCUACAAUGGGGAGAAAUGCCUACAUCAGUUGCUUAUAUCCGAUCCAACCAGAUCAUGGGAUGGGGUGAAAAAGCUAUUGAGAUCCGAUCAGUGGAAACUGGCCACCUUGAUGGAGUAUUUAUGCACAAAAGGGCUCAAAGGCUCAAGUUCUUGUGUGAACGAAAUGACAAGGUUUUCUUUGCCUCAGUGCGGUCUGGAGGAAGCAGUCAAGUAUAUUUCAUGACUUUGGGCAGAAGCUCCCUCCUGAGCUGGUAGAGAAUGAGAUGAGAACUGCUGGCACCUCCCCUACAGUCUCCAUUAUCUGCAUAACUUGAAAUAAUAUACAACUGGAGUAGAACCUGCGCACUGGUCUUCUUCUUGCGAGCUAUGUUCCAGAUGGAGUUUGCAUUCAUUAGCGGGAGUUGUUACUAAUGUAGUUCACAAGAGGUAGAAAUUGUGCAAGACAGUGGGUGCUGCAGAUGCCUUUGUUGGGUGCUGAAUUCAUCUAAAAUUUGAGGGAUUUUUUUUCUGUUCCUCUGGUAGUUCUACCUACCAACGAGAUAUGAACCAAUGAUAAAACAAGUUUCACAUUGAGUCAUGACACUAGAGGGCAGGCAAGGAGAGCUCAUCAGGCCAUUUUUGACAACGCACAGUCAGGCUUAUAAAAUUUCACUUUAUUUAAGAUUUUUUUUUUUUUUUUUUUUUUUUUUAAGAAUCUGCUAAAUGAAAGUUCAUAUAAUAAAAUGUAUUUAUAAAAUGUGAAAGGCAGUGAUUAAUGUAAUUUUUUUUUAUAAUUUUAGUACACAAAUGAUUAUUUUUGCGCCAAUGUUGUGCAUUACUGAGCGUAACUACCGUACACACUAUUACUUUUGUUUUCUCUCCCUCUGGAAUGUGUCAGUAUUAGUCCUGCCUCAUCCAUAGUUGUCUACAUUUUGUUUACUUGGAAACCUACAGCGAUAAUGUGCAUGACGUGUUCAACAAAGUUUGUACUGUAGAAAGGGAACAAAAACAGGGUUUGUAGAAUACCGAGGCAAUUCCCAACCAACUUUUGUUAUCAUUUUUCCUACCUCAUUCUUGGCGAUGCACAAAUUCCUUUGGUGCCAUGCAGUAAAGCAUGUAGGCUUCCUUGACACUCAAGGGCUUGAAGGAGUCUCAUUGUUAUGUUCACUUCUUAUAAUAUGAAUGUGUAAAUUUAAUAUCAGCUAUGCCAAGUGGAGCAUUAGGGGGAGGUUUGAUGUGGCACAGUAGCUGAUGAUGAUGGUGGUGGUGGCAGAGCCCUUAUAUGUGGCAUUGGCUCAUAUUGGUGGAGCAGCAAUUUCUCACCCCAUGGAGUUGUGCUUUUGUGUGGGCCUACAGUAGUAGAUGUUUUGGGCUUUGCAGAUGUAGCAGACUGGGGGAGACCUGCGUGUUGCCCAUUUGCGUCAGUUUAUAAAUGUAGGAAGACCAGGAGGGGGACAUGUUGGUAAGGGAAGGAUGACAUAUUCCUUUUAUAAGAAUGCAAUGCACUAAAACCAAUUCUAAGAAUGUAGUUAAUGUUACAUACAAUGGCAUACUUGUAUCUGUGUUUAGAUGUAAGAUUCCCAGUUCGGACUUUUUUUAAUAAAGAAAAAAACACAAAAUAAAUAUAUAUAGCCAGUUUUAUUUUCGGAAAGUCACUAAUCACGUGUUUAAUGGCUUACAUGUUCAUUACUUGAGGUUCCUGGAGUGUAUAGUCGUGGGUGAUGUAGCAAUGCGCAGUGUCAUCAUACAAACGUUUUUUUUUAGACUAUUCUUUCCUUUCUGGCGUGGGGUACCUUGUUGACAGCUGCCUUAAGCUGUUCUUUUGUGAACAGUUUUUCUUUUUAAUAUAGAAAUAGACUACUCUUACUCCGUUUCUGCCAUAGUAUUACAGCAUUUUUUUUUUUUUCAUUCAACACAAAACCAGCAAUUAAAAGUGAUUCAUACUCUUACUCAGCAGAUAUUUAAUACAAGUCUGCACCAGAGGCAUUCACGCGUCCCUUCAAAUGCUGGGAACCACAGCCCACGGCAUUCUGGGAUAUGUAAGUCACAACAGCUGGGGGAGUUGGGUGUCUUCGGUGUAAAUAGGUGCUGUGUUCAAGACCCCUUGCAAUAGAGGUUUAAACAACGGCAAUGAGUCUGAUAAUACGGAAGCCUUAUUACUAAUGGCAGAAAAGUUUUUUUUGUUUUUUAAUAAUCUUUCAAUGUGUUACUGUUUAUUUCUAAUAGCACUGGAAAGCAAUGCUGAUGUAUACAUUCUGUAAUGUUUCACAAUGGCAAUAGGAGCUAACACUUUGCUAGGAGCUCAAAGCGGCCCGGCAGCUCCUGUUUGACGUAUCUGUGUUUCAUGCGCCUGUCUCUCGGGUGCUAUUCAUUCAUUCAUGCUCUAGUUCUAGAAAUAAGUCUUCUCAUGCACUGAGAAUGAGGGGGUUACAUGGCAAAGGAGUCCUAUAAAAGUUCAGUUUAAUAAAAGGGCAACUCUUGUAGCUACUGUGGGUCACUGCAUAACAAUAACAUUUAAUUGGUCAAUAUACUCUUCUCAUCCAUGGUUCAAGCAAAACCAGUAUUAAAACCACUAUGUCAUAAACAUGGACAAUCUGUAGCAAGCAGAAUGUGAGUGCUCCUAGAUCCAGUUAGUUACGCUUUAGGAAUAAUCCAUUUCUGUACGUUUGCAGAAGCGGAACUGUAUGACUGCAGUGUUGCGUUCUUUUCUUAUUAUGCACAUGUUAUGUUGGAGAAAAUGUUUACAUUUUUUUGGUUAAACUAAUGUGCAUCACAUAUUUAUGGUUUAUUUGAAAGUGAAUAUUUUGUGGGGUUUUUUCCCUUUGUUUUGUUCUUUUUUAUUAUUUUUUUUUUUAAGUAGUACUCAUUCUGUGACAUAUAAUCCCAUGACUUUUCUGAUUAAUAAUAAUGUGCAAAAGAUAAUACAGGUGACAAACUGCAUAUAAAUACUAAUUGUUCAGCUGCAAAGCAGACUUAUGGCAAGUAAGCAUUUUCCAGACUCUUGGCAGUGCUAUCUAACUUUUGUCUACUGUGUAUCAUGGAAAUGCCCUACCUUUUUCCCCAGUUUCUUUUUCCUUAAAUAAAGUAAAAAUCACACCUA